AUCAUUAUAUCCAUUCAAAUCUUUCUAUAAAUAGAACCCAACAAUCUCUCAAUUUCUUCAUCCUUUAAUUAAUUCAAGUAUCAUAAGGGAAACAAAAAAAUGGGUUCCAAGGCAUUUCUGAUUCUUGGCCUUUUUUUGGUCAUAUUUGUAAUGAUAAGUUCUGAGGUUUUAGCUAGGGAGUUGGCUGAGACUUCCACCACUACUUCUGAAGAGGAUUCCAAGAAAUCCAGUAACAAAAAUGAAGUACAUGAAGCCGAAUAUGGCGGGUACCCUGGUGGUGGCGAUGGAUACCCUGGCGGCGGCCGUAGUGGUGGUGGUGGAGGAUACCCUGGCGGUGGCCAUGGUGGUGGUGGUGGUGGUGGCCGGAAGUGUUGCUCCUAGAUACAAAGGUGAAUGAAUAGUAAUAUAUACUUAUCACCUUGUACUAAUUAGUGGCAAGAUGUAGUAGUAAUAUUCUUGCUGCUUUAAAUUUGGAGCUUAUUGUAAGAAUUAUUAUCAUGAAAUAAAAGCCAUCAUGUAAUGUUUGUUAAUUAUGAUAUGGUAUGAUAAUACUUUCCUUUGGUGUUUUACUUA